GCUCGGAGCUGCGCGAACAUGGCCGAAGUCGGCGAGGACAGCGGGGCCCGCGCCCUGCUGGCGCUGCGCUCGGCGCCCUGCAGCCCCGUGCUGUGCGCCGCCGCCGCCGCCGCCUUCCCGGCCGCCGCGGCCCCCGCCGCCGCCGCCGCCCCCGGGCCGGCCGCCCCGUCGCCGCCGCCACCCGCCCAGCCCCCGCCGCCGCCGCCGCCGCCGGGCGCGAUCGCGGGGGGCGCGGGGGGCGCGGGCGCGCCGGGCGAGGCCCUGCUGGCCGCGGCGGCCGACUCGGUGCGCCGGAGCCCGGGGCCGGUGCUGGCGCGCCUCGAGGGCCGCGAGUUCGAGUUCCUCAUGCGGCAGCCCAGCGUCACCAUCGGCCGCAACUCGUCGCAGGGCUCGGUGGACGUGAGCAUGGGCCUGUCGAGCUUCAUCUCGCGGCGCCACCUGCAGCUCACCUUCCAGGAGCCCCACUUCUACCUGCGCUGCCUCGGCAAGAACGGCGUCUUCGUGGACGGGGCCUUCCAGCGGCGCGGCGCGCCCGCCCUGCAGCUGCCCAAGCAGUGCACCUUCCGCUUCCCCAGCACGGUCAUCAAGAUCCAGUUCACGGCGCUCUACCACCAGGAGGAGGCCCCUGCCUCGCCGCUGCGGCCGCUCUACCCCCAGAUCUCCCCUCUGAGGAUCCACAUUCCGGAGCCGGACCUCCGGAGCCUGGUCAGCCCCAUCCCCUCCCCGACCGGCACCAUCAGUGUUCCCAACUCCUGCCCGGCCAGUCCACGUGGGGCCGGCUCCUCCAGCUACCGAUUCGUCCAGAACGUGACCUCGGACCUGCAGCUGGCCGCGGAGUUCGCCGCCAAGGCCGCCUCGGAGCAGCAGGCAGACGCGUCCGGAGGAGACAGCCCCAAGGACGAGUCGAAGCCGCCCUACUCGUACGCGCAGCUGAUCGUGCAGGCCAUCUCCUCCGCGCAGGACCGGCAGCUGACACUAAGCGGCAUCUACGCCCACAUCACCAAGCAUUACCCCUACUACCGGACGGCCGACAAGGGCUGGCAGAACUCUAUUCGCCACAACCUCUCCUUGAACCGCUACUUCAUCAAAGUGCCCCGCUCCCAGGAGGAGCCCGGGAAGGGGUCCUUCUGGCGCAUCGACCCGGCCUCCGAAGCCAAGCUGGUGGAGCAGGCCUUCCGGAAGCGCAGGCAGAGGGGCGUCUCCUGCUUCCGCACGCCCUUCGGACCGCUGUCCUCCAGGAGCGCCCCGGCUUCGCCCACCCACCCCGGGCUGAUGUCCCCUCGCUCCAGCGGCCUGCAGACUCCAGAGUGCCUGUCUCGGGAGGGCUCCCCCAUUCCACACGACUCUGACUUUGGGUCGAAGCUCGCCUCUGUUCCAGAGUACCGCUACUCCCAGAGCGCGCCCGGCUCUCCCGUCAGCGCCCAGCCCGUGAUCAUGGCUGUGCCCCCCCGACCUCCUAGUUUAGUGGCCAAGCCCGUGGCCUACAUGCCUGCGUCCAUCGUGACGGCACAGCAGCCCCCAGGUCACGCCAUCCACGUGGUGCAGCAGGCGCCCCCCGUCACCAUGCUCAGGGUGGUCACGUCCUCCGCCAGCUCCGCCAACGGGUACAUCCUCACCACCAACCAGGCCUCGGCAGGGGCCGCCCAUGAAGCCGCAGGCACCGCGGUGCUGGACCUGGGCAGUGAGGCAAGAGGCCUGGAGGAGAAGCCCACCAUCGCCUUCGCCACCAUCCCCGCCACCAGCCGCGUCAUCCAGACGGUGGCUGGCCAGAUGGCCCCUGGCGUCCCCGGGCACACGGUCACCAUCCUGCAGCCGGCCACGCCCGUGAGCAUCGGGCAGCACCCUCUCCCGGUCCGGGCCGUCACGCAAAACGGAAGGCACGCAGUCCCCACCAGUAGUGUAGCCGGCAGCGCUUACGCCCUCACGAGCCCCCUACAGCUCCUGGCCGCCCAGGCCAGCUCGUCCACUCCCGUGGUGGUCGCCCGGGUGUGCGAGGUGGGGCCCGAGGAGCCGGCAGCCGCCACCACCACCGCCACCACCACGCCAGCCACCACCGUCACCUCUGCCGCCGCCACCGGGGAGCCCGAGGUGAAGAGGUCCCGGCUGGAGGAGCCCAGUGGGACUGUGAGCGCGCAGGCCGGGGUCAUCACCGCUGCCGGCCCGCAGGGGCCCGGGACCGGGGAGUGACGUCCCCCGGGAGGUGGAGUGGGACGCACGCCAAAGGGAACCGUGGGCUGGACCACGACGCCCACACCGCCGCCUGGGACCGAGCACGCGCCACACGGACAGGCCGCCCGCCACCUGCUCCUGACUGACACUCGUCCUCCUGCCGGCACCUCCUGCCCCGGCCGCGGCCGAGACUAAACAUAAACGCGUUCAGACAGCUGAUUGUAUGGCUCUGGGAUUCUCUGUUUUCCUCUCCCCGGGCACGGCUUGUCCCCAGACCCGGCGGGGGCGUGGGGAGGCUACGCACCCCGAGGACCGGACCCCAGGCCCCGGCCGUGAGCAGAGCCGCCAGGCAGGCCUCCGAGGGACGGACGCGCACUCCGCUCCUGCGCAUGCAUCGGAACCGGCGAGACAGGCGGGCGGUCGAUUUCCAGCUGUCCGUGACGUCUUCCCCCUAAAACCGUGGCCCAGGAGCAUCCAUUGGCAUUAACUGGGGGGGCGGGGGGCUAUGGACCGAGGAGUUCUUGUCCGGGUGCCGCCUGGAAUCCGGGCUUCACCACACGUCUGAGCCCAGAGGGAUCGUCUGGUUCUGAGGUUUCCGCCUGCAGCCGCCGUGGCCGGUUCUUGCUGCCGCGUCCCCUGGGAGUGAACCCCCGCCCUCUGCCCCCUUCAAGGAGGGCAUCCGAGGCGAGCGCCGAGUGGACGACACCAGAGCCUGCCCUGCGUCCUGACGGCCUGCCCUGGCGGCAGCACUGGGCGCGUGCUCAGGAGGCUGGCCCUGCGCGUGGACAGCUGGAGGCAGCAGCCCAGAGCUCCGGCCGCGCGGCCGCCCCCCCAAACCACCACCGGGAAAGCGGCUCAGGCUGCAGGCUGUGCCCGGGGCGGGAGCGGGAGCCACCUCAGAAGGAAGGGGACCCAACCACGACAGCCAGCUCGUUGGAGUGGCCCGCGCCAUCGCUGCGCGGUGUCCCCACCCCAGGUGCCAAGGACGGUGCAGGGCCUGUGCCCUCCGCAUGGACGGGAGGACUCCUGUCGUUCUGUGGCACGAACCUCACGUGGGAAACGCUCUUGGGAAGUCCACCUGCCGCCUCCGGGACGCCAGAGAAGCGGGCGAUGGAGUGAGCUGGCGCCGCCCUCGGUCCCCCAGCCCACAGCGCCGGUUCCUGUCCGUCAGCUCCCUCCCGUGCCUGCUGUGCACGUGGUGGCGGGCGUGAAGGGUGGGCUGGCGGAGGCCUGGCCGCGGGUCUGAGCAGGGUCCCUGCGGCUGCUUCCCUCCCUUGCGGACGUGUCACCCAGAUGCGUCUGCUCCUGACGGCGGGACCCACGGGCUGCCUCUGGGCGCGGCACCACGGAGCAGGGCCGCUGGCCAUGGACACUGUCGGGUCUUCGCCUGAUCCCCUGGGUCUGGCUCCGACCCUUUUUUAUGGCUUUUGAGAUGUUUUGGUUUCUCUGUCCAUUUUCAGUGAGGACCCCACUCGGCAGCCAGAGGUGCAGGGAGAAUGGAGGGAGGGGGGCGAGGGGACGAGGGGGAGGGACAAGGUCCCGACGGUGCCAUGUGCCCCUGCCGGAGCGAGGAGGGGCCAGACGGCCAGCGCUGCGCAGGGAGCAGAGGCCGCGGCCCCGAGGGGCUGUGUAUCGGGCACAGACCUGCGUCCUGUCGUCUGACCACAGAGCGCGCCUGGCUCUGCGGCAGGCCCGGCACGGCCUCUGCCCGGAAGGUUGCCCGGUGCCCUCAGAGCUGGCCAAGAGAGAGCGCCCUGAGUCUGGUGGCCUGUGACCUGUGGUCCGUGGAGGGCGGGCCGACACCAGCCGAGGUUGGGAAAGUGAGAAGUCCGCUGGCGCGAUCCCCGUGUCCCUACAGCCUCGGUCCCAGACCCUUCGCUGUGGUCACCUGGGGGCUCGCGUCUGCAGCAAAGGCAAGCGGCCAGGGCACUGGCUUUGGGCACGCGGGCCCCUGCUGCUGUGCUGCACGUUCCAGCGCCAACCAGAGAGCCCUGCACGGGGAGGAGGCACAGGAGUAGCUGGGCACGUGGUGCGCAUCCCCCGAGGCGUUCAGGGUGGUGUUGGGAGUGACGGUGUCCCAAGAGGGCGCCUGCCGGCCCGUCCCCACUGAGCUCUCCCGGGAAUGCCUGCCAUGGAGGGCACAGUCUGCAGGGCCUGGGCGCUCGGCCAGGCCACCCCGCACCCACCUCCCCGCUCACAGUGUCCCUGCCGGGGCUUCUCGGCUCGUGUGUGGGGUUUGCUGGCUCCGGGUGUCUUCUUUUUCCUGUUUAAGAACCGAGCCCAAUGGAAACGGUGAGAGUGGGUCCCCGAGUCGCCAAGAGGAGGGCCCAGCGACUCUGAGCCGGGAGACGGGUUUGCCGGUACCCCCACCCCUGGCCCCGGGGAGGGUGUGAGGUCCUGAGGUCCUGGCAUCGCUCAGGAUGCUGCUGCUUCCUCUGAGAAGGUCUCCACCUGCAGAGGGCGCUGCCUCUGUGGACAGAUGCCCCUUGCUGGUCACCCAGGCGGAGAGGAGGGGAAGGCUCCUGGGUUGGGGGUAGCCUCUCACUUGACAGGGACGGAGCGCAGGCCUCACGCAGGACAGGACGCUGUUGGGUGGGAGGACAUGACGGCGGAGGAGGGGCCCCCGGAGCUGUCAGUGCAGGAGGCAGCCAGCUGCCCCGUCUCCCCAGCCUCAGCUCUGCUUUCCCCUUGAGGGAGUCACCACCUCGGGGUUCACACCCUCAUCCGGCCUCUACACCCCAACCCCUCUGAGAACACAGCUGCCCCGAGACGGCUUCAGGGUGCGGUGCACGCCCGCUGCCUCCAUCCCGAUGCCAGACCACAGCGCCCUACUCGUUCAGGAAAGUUCCCACAACGACGGAGGAGAGCCGGUGCCACCGCAGCCCGUCCUCGUGGCUGCGCAGGGCGGGGCCGGGCCCACGCGAAUCCUGGCAGCCCCUUCCCGAUACCUCUGCCCGGAAGUAACGCUCCCACUAAGGACAAUACUCACGCAAACGUGCUGCUACGGGGCGGCCUGCAGACCUGCCCGGCGGGGGCUUGGGCGGGAGGACACGGCCGCCAGGCCUCUGGCUGCGUCUCUGUCCUUCUCUCCAGGUCGGUUCCUGUGUUUUGCAAAUUCCUGUCGUGACGGUUUCGUGCUCCAGGCCUGGCUUCCACGCUGGGCCUCGGUUCUCAGCGCAGCUCGCCCAUGCUCAGCCCCGGGUUUCGGCGAGACUUCGCCGCCUGCCUGUCCUCUCACCAAAGCUGCUCCCUGGGGCCCGAGGGAGGGUCUGCGGCGGCCCCUGCGGGUGGCAGCAGUGCGUCCCCUCGGCCCGUGUCUGUCCAGGCUGCCGGCUGUGCGGGCGCUGGGGCGUCAGGCCGGGCACCACCGCCCCCUCCAGCACCGCUGCUCCCCGUCCCCAUCGCCCAACUUGUCACAGCUGCUUCGAAGAAUCUGGGGUCGCCCCGAGCACUUCCUCGGAACUGAAAUGAGAAAUGGGCCCAUGUGACCGACGAGGGGAAAUGUUUCGACUCUGAAGUUAAAAAGGGAAGAGCUCACCUGCUGAGCUGUCCACCCGCCAGCUCUCACCCUGGGGGGCGCGUCCUGGCUGAGGGUCCUUUCUGGCCUGGCCUCAGCCCCCCUCUCCGGCGGGGCCGCAGCUCGGCCCGCUGCUGGGGGCCCACAGCCUGAGGGCCAUGUCAGCCAGGAGUCUGCGUGGGGGCCAGGAGCCAGCUGAGCGGGUCCCCGGGGUGGCGAGGAGGUCCUGGGGUCUGAGGUCAGCCGAUGGGAGAGGUCAGCAGGGCCCACUGCUCUGGGUGACACGCCUCACCUGUGAGGGCGGCGGCCGCUGCGGGGGUGCCCGCCUCUGCCCGCAGGGCCUGGCCUGGAGCCUCGCCCACGGCUGAGUGACAGGAGGCCCGGCUCACGCUCUGCCCACCUCGGGGCAGUGGCAGUCUGCAUGCCACGCAGGACGGAAGUGAAAUCUCUUCGCGAGCCAGGGGCGCCCAGUGGCUGCUCGUUAUUUUAGAAGAGGGCUGAGGGAGCAUGUGCUUUGUGCCAGGCACCUGGCUCCCCGGGGACACCCGCUCCAGGGACCGGAGGCUCCCUGCCCUGCUGCUCAGCUGUAGCAGCCGAAACGGGAAGAGCCAUCUGGCCAGUGGGAGCCGCACGCGCGGUUCUUCACUCGGUUCCUGCCCCCGCGCCUCCAGGGCGGUGGGAAGCCACUGUCCCCUCCGCCCCGGCCACGGGCGGGCGCAGCCGAGAGGAGGACGCGAGGCCUCUGGCUCGUCCUGUCUCCGGCCUCCUCUGCAGUUUGCUGGUUUGAUCCAUCCAGACAGGUACUGGCAGCUCACUUUGCGGCAGAGACAAAAAGGGAAGUCGGAGGCGGGGCCGAGGGACCCCGCAGGGGAGACAUGGGGCGUCCUGGCUGCCUGUGGGUCCACGGAUUAGGGCACUUUGACCUAAGUUUUCUCACUGAGCUGGGUCCCCAGGAGCGCGCCCUGCCCUGCCCGGAGCUGGAACGGGUCUGACUCUGAUGGAAGUGGCUUUUCCCUCGUGGCCUGAAGGGUGUCAAACAGCCCGCGGCCGCCUAAGCUCUGAGCCUCUACUUGUCGGGUUACCUGGUCCAGAUUUUUUUUUAAUCAGUAAGAAUGAGUUUUAAAAUCUAACAUGUUAAGCGUGGCCCUCCCUUCUCCUGGUCCCCCUGAAUUGAGUGGGCUCACGUUCUAACAGGACGGGGUGGGGGGAUGGGGACAGGGCCCCACUCAGAUCCGCCGAGUUCUGACCCAGCAGCUGGGCACGUGCGGGAGCGUCGAACCCAAUACUGAGAUUUUUUUAUCUGACCGAUGAUUCUGUAAAGGUAAUUGGGGGGCGGGGCGGGCGCUGUUAGGGCUGGGUGUGUGUGUGAGCGUGUUUUUACGGUGGCUGUCUAAAGUAUUUUUACAACAUGUUUAAUAAUCAGUGCUUUAAAAGCAGUGGUUUCCUACAAAGUGGAAACUAAGGUCUAAGCCUGGGCGUGAGUUCUGGUCUGGGGGCCUGGGCGGCGGGAGCCGGGCGCCUGGGGGAUCCUGCGGCCGGGCUUUUCGCUGGGAUACAGUACUUUUUUAAAAGGAGCCAUACUUUUUUUUAAAGUUUGAGAAAUGAAUGUGAUUUCUAAUUGUCUCAGACAUUAAUGUUUUAAAGCUAUAACAAAGUUUAAAAUUUCUACAUUUCGUUUUUCAUUUAUUGUAACGGUUCUUUUAUCUAUUAAAUUGUAUGUGGAUGGGCAAGUCCUGUGUCUCCUCUUAGCAUUUGUUUCUAUAACCAGAAAUAAAGUUAUAUAUUAAAGAAAC